GUGUUUUGUUCAACGAUUUCAGUCUGUCAAGGUAAAUCUCCGGCUGCUGGGUGUUGAAUAACAUUCAAAAACUUCAACAAAAUUUGAUUUCCAACAUGUUAAAGUUCCUCGACGUGACCCGCCGGCUAGCUUCGUCCUCGUUGUGGUCCAACCAUGCGGCGCGGUUGCUUUCCACAGAAGUAUCCUCCACAGCGAGUACUAGUCCAAAUACCACUGUCCCGAUUCCGGACAAACUGUACAGCCGCGUCGAGCUCCAGAUGAAGGGCAUCGACCCGGAGGUGAUGAAAAGUUACGCCUACUUUGCCAAAACCGCCGCCGAGCACCUGGACAUCGAAGUCGGCAAGCAUUGGGCCCUCCGGAAGGCGGUCAAGGACCGGCUCACGCUGCUCAAGUCCGUGCACAUCUACAAGAAGCACCGGGUGCAGUACGAGAUCCGGAACUACUACCGGUUCAUGCACUUCCACAAGCUGACCGGAUCCACGCUGGACACGUUUCUGGAGUACGUGGAGCGGAAUCUGCCCGAGGGGGUGGCCCUCAAGGUGACCCGGGUGGAGCUGCAGGCGCUGCCCGAGCACCUGCGGCCCGGAGCGGUUUGAGGUGUGUGCUUUUUAAUAGAUUUGCUUUAGGAGAAUGGUGGGGAGAAUAAAAAGAAGUUGAAGGAAA